AUUAUAUAAAAUCCAGUCCACAUGGAUCCAAUGGAAGAAGCGAAAAGCCAAAGUUUUGAAGAGGAUUUUGAAGGACAAGCCACACAUACAGGACCCAAAGGAGUAAUAAAUGAUUGGAGAAAGUUUAAAUUAGAGAGUGAAGAUGAUGAUUCAAUCUCACCUAACAAAAAGGAGAUUCUGAGGCAAAUGUCUUCUCCUCAGAGCAGGGAUGACAAAGACUCAAAAGAUAAAAUCAGCAGAAAGAUGAGCAUUCAAGAAUACGAACUAAUCAAUCAAGACAAAGAAGAUGAAAACUGCCUUCGUAAAUACCGUAGACAGUGUAUGCAGGACAUGCACCAGAAGCUGAGUUUCGGGCCUCGACACGGGUUUUUAUAUGAGCUGGAAACUGGGGAACAAUUCCUGAAAACCAUUGAGAAGGAGCAGAAGAUCACCACAAUCGUGGUUCACAUUUAUGAAGAUGGUAUCAAGGGCUGUGAUGCACUCAACAAUAGUUUAACGUGCCUUGCAGUUGAAUACCCUAUGGUCAAGUUUUGUAAAAUAAAAGCCUCUAAUACAGGCGCUGGUGACCGUUUUUCUGCAGAUGUACUACCCACACUGCUGGUGUACAAAGGGGGGGAACUCAUUAGCAAUUUCGUUAGUAUUGCUGAACAGUUUGCUGAGGAGUUUUUUGCCGGUGAUGUGGAGUCUUUUCUAAAUGAAUAUGGGUUACUGCCUGAAAGAGAGAUGCAAGGCCUUGAGCCCGCCGACAUGGAAGAUGAAGAUAUUGAAUAAAGAUUUACUACAUCAAUAUCUCAUAUU